AUCACUACCAUUUGUGAAAACUGUGAAAACUCAUCGAGUGGCUUGUUGUUGGACGUUUAGCGCAAAUUAAGGCGUAUAUACAUACACAACAACUGUUUGGAAGCUAAAGCAAACAAAAAAGAAAAAAAAAAAACUGAACAAUGCCCCGAUAUCGCGAAUGGGACUUGGCUUGCAAAGUCUACGUGGGCAAUUUAGGCUCAUCGGCCUCAAAAUAUGAGAUUGAGAACGCAUUCAGCAAAUACGGACCCUUGCGCAAUGUCUGGGUGGCCCGCAAUCCUCCAGGCUUUGCUUUCGUCGAAUUUGAAGAUCGUCGCGAUGCAGAGGACGCAACCAGAGGUCUGGAUGGUACACGCUGCUGUGGCACCCGCAUCCGUGUUGAAAUGUCCUCGGGUCGAUCACGAGAAGGGCGCGGCAGUGGUGGUGGCGGCGGCGGUGGCGGAGGUGGAGGCGGUGGUGGCGGCGGCGGUGGACCAAGACGUGGUGCACGCAGUGGCAGCGGUGGCGGAGGAGGCGGUGGUGGGGCUCGUACUGGUGAUGGAGGCGGACGCUAUAGAUCGCGCUCCCCGAGACGUUCACGGUCAAGAAGUCGCAGCUUUUCACGGGAUCGUCGCAGCCGUUCGGACUCACGAGAUCGUCAUUAAGGAGACAGGAAAACGGGCUAUAUAUCUAACUAUCUUCCUCUACCUCUCUCUAUGUCUCUCACUCUCCCCCAACCUUUCUCUCUCUCUCUAUCUCUAUCUGUGUGUCUAUUUUACUCAAUCACAAAGAAUCAUCCCCACCCCCCGAGCCAAUCCAACAACCAACAACCUAGAGUUAAUGCAAACGGAACUUUUAAUAUAUAUUUUUUAGUUGAA